CGAGACACAUACAAAGCAAAAGGGCAAAGUCCCAUUCAAUCUUUUCUGAAACCCCAGCAAAAUUUCAUCUUUCUUUCUAGUGUGCGAUUGUUUCCAUCUCUUGAUCUGAAACCAUCAUGACCAAACAACAAGCAAACUGGUCUCCUUACGACAACAAUGGAGGGACGUGCGUCGCGAUUGCCGGAGCUGACUACUGUGUGAUUGCAGCCGACACUCGAAUGUCCACUGGAUACAGUAUUCUCACUCGCGACUACUCCAAGAUUAGUCAGCUAGCCGACAAAUCCGUGAUGGCGUCUUCAGGUUUUCAGGCUGAUGUUAAAGCUCUGCAAAAGGUCUUGGCUGCCAGACACUUGAUUUACCAGCACCAACAUAACAAGCAAAUGAGCUGCCCAGCCAUGGCUCAACUGCUGUCUAACACCCUGUACUACAAACGUUUCUUCCCAUAUUAUGCUUUUAAUGUCCUGGGUGGCCUUGACAGUGAGGGAAAAGGCUGUGUCUUUACAUAUGAUGCUGUUGGAUCUUAUGAGAGGGUGGGGUACAGUGCCCAAGGUUCUGGUGCUACUCUUAUCACGCCAUUCUUGGACAACCAGCUCAAGUCUCCAAGUCCUCUAUUAUUGCCUGCCAAGGAUGCGGUGACUCCACUUUCUGAAUCAGAAGCCAUCGACUUGGUGAAAACUUGUUUUGCAUCAGCUACAGAAAGAGAUAUAUACACGGGAGACAAGCUAGAAGUACUCGUACUGAACGCCAGUGGUAUACGCCGUGAGUUCAUGGAGCUUAGGAAAGACUAAUUUCAAACAUUUGGCUUCUUUUGCUCCAUCUAUUUAUUUAUAUCAUGAAUUGGGAGAUGAUGAACCAGUUUGUAUUUUGUUGUCUUAGAGCACUUCAAAAGUUCAACUGCCCUUGUUACCUCCAAUUUGAAUUAACAACUGCUUGUGUUUUAACUUUAUUGGGUUAUUUAACUAGUAACUAUUCCAGUGCCUGUGGGACAUGACACAUAUUUACUGGAAAUUUUAUCAUUAAUGAAUGUUUGAAUUGUCAUAUAUAUGCACUUUUACAACCCGGUUCUAGUUUUGAACCAAAAUUUAGGUGAGAAGUAGUCCA